UUCUAUGUGCAGGAGACAGUAUCCUACCACCAGGGCCCCUGAGUGGAGCCGUGGGAGGCACCAUGGACUUCACCACCAGCCUCACGCCUCCCGUCACGCCGUUCCUCUCCGUCAGCUGGAGCUUCAACGGCUCCAACAUCAUCACCUCCACCAGUGAAAACAUCACGGGUCCCGGCUACAGCGACAGGAUCUCACUGAACCGAGCCACGGGGGCGUUGCAGCUCAGGAACCUGGUGCUGGAGGACAGCGGGCUCUACACCCUCACCGUGAUACAAGACCGAGGGCUCCAGCUCCAGGGGAGCGUCACAAUGAAUGUGUACGGUGGGUCUGAUGUGGAGAGGAAGAAGGGUCAGGGGGUCAGAGGCUGUCAGUCCCCUCAUGAUCAUCAAAACAGCAAUGUGUCCUCCUUUCAUCAUAGCUGUAGAGCCACCAUCCGCAGCCCUGCAGCCGUGCUGAUAGAAGACCAGAGCUCCACCAACAUGACCUGCGAGGCCUCCGGCUCCAUCAGCACCAGGGUGUGGGUAAAGGACGGGCGGCCGCUCCUCCGCGGCGACACAGUGAGUUUCUCCGCAGACAACCGGGUGGUGUUCAUUCAGCCCGUCCACAGCUCCAGCCGCGGCUCCUACCAGUGUGAGCUCAGCAACCCGGUCAGCACCGCCACCGCGACCUUUAACCUCACAGUCAACUUCGGGCCACACAACAUCUCCAUCGCCGGCCCAUCAGCAGCUCCACUGGGUCAGAGAGUGACGCUGCAGUGCAGAGCUGACUCGGUUCCUCCGGCAAACUUCAGCUGGACGCUCGACGGCAACGACACCCGCGUCAGCAGCGCUGCAUAUGUUAUAGAGAGUCUGGCAGCAGAAAGCACAGGGAACUACACCUGCACUGCCAGAAACGCAGUCACAAUGCGCCAGAACUCCACCGUCCUGAGUCUCAGAGCACCCGGCGCUGCCCUCUGCUGGUCGCUGCCAGUGCUGCUGCUCAGUGCAGCGAUGCUGAGAGAGUUCACGUAGGAGGAAGAGGGAGACGAGGCAUGUUAAUCAUUUACUGUUUGAACGGUUCAUGAUGCAGUUACUUUUCAUUUGUCUUAGACUGCUUCCAUUGUGGUGAUGUUUUCCCCUGCACUGUGACUGUGUGCACCAUUUUAUUGUAAAAGUUUCUCCAUUAUCAACAAAAUCUUGUCAUAGUUUGUUUUAUUUACUUUCAACAAACAUCAAAUGCAUUCAAGUACAUGCAAGUAGAAAACUAACUGUACUGUAUGUUCACUAGAUGCAAUGAUGUCUGAGUUUUCUUUCUAAAGCUGUAUAUUGUACAUCUGCACUUGACAACUUGACUUUUGUACUUCAUGAAGUAUACAGUAUUUUGUUGUAAAAACUCUCAUAAUGAGAUUAGACAGAAAGUACAUUUUGAGAGUCUCCAGUCAUUCUAUGUUUAACACUAUUCCUGUGCUCUAGAUGCUGAUGUACAACCAGAAUUUAUUAAACAACAUGUGUCUUUGAUGUUUAAAUGCAACUAUAAAACCUACUUUAAAUUACUCAGUUCUAUGGCUAACAAAGUUAUACUAGUUUGCAUUAAUAAAAUUAAUUACAUUAAUUUUA